CCCGCCGCUCUCAUUCGCAGCUCCGUUCCCACCUGAGCCCAGCCGGUCGGUGGCUGCCGGCAGCAACCUGCUACUACCUCCGUUGCUCCUCCUCCCUCCCCUCCCACUCCCUCUCAGCCCCAGCUCGAGCGAGAGAGCAUCUCCCUUCCGAGCGACCGCGUCCGCCUCCCUCCCCUCCCCUGCCCCCCCGUGCGGUUCUUGGUGACGGCGCGGCGGCUUGGCUGGCCGGCCUCGCCUCCAGUUGACCCGACUGACUCUCCCCCAUUCGGUCAGCCCGGAGGAGGAGGAGGAGGCGGAGGGGAUUUGAUUGACUUUUUGAAGCUUCUCGCCUGUUUCUCUCCUGGCGUUGCGGCUGCCGGCCAACGGCCUCGCGGAUUUUUCUCCAGUCUCAUCCCCCCCUUCAAGUGGCGGCGGAGAUCAGCUGGACCGAAAAAGCCUCGCCAGAAACCGGCUGGGACUCUAGGGUUGGCUGCUCAGCUCAGUUGUCUUCGGCGGCUGCUCCUCCUGAUCCCUCCUGUUGCCGCGGGCCAGCUCUCUCUAGCUUCGCUGACUUGACCCGGGACGGAGGAGAGAGGAGCGGAGUUCGCCUGUGGAUCUUUAGGAAAGGAAGCUCAUUCGUCCUGUCAGCUGGGAGGUAGAGGAAGAGAUGGGGAACUGCAUGAAGUCCACGGCCCGGGUGGAUCACAGCAUGAACACUAGUGCCGCCUAUCCAUCGAAAGUGACCAGCAAAACAAGCAUGUCAUCUGCUACUUCUGCGAGCAAGACCAACUCAACUCGUUCAACGUUUACUCUGCCAUCUAUAAGAGAUCGCAGCGAGCCGCCUCGGACAGAAGGCGAAAUCUUGUCAUCGUCGAACUUGAAGGCUUUCUUGUUCAAUGAUCUUAAAAAUGCGACCAAGAACUUCCGCCCGGACAGUCUUCUUGGGGAAGGAGGGUUUGGGCAUGUUUUCAAAGGUUGGAUUGAUGAACACACUCUUGCUCCUUCGAAACCGGGAAGUGGUAUGGUUGUUGCUGUGAAGAAGCUUAAACCAGAAGGUUUCCAAGGGCACAAGGAAUGGCUGACGGAGGUUAACUACCUUGGCCAACUUCACCAUGCCAAUCUUGUUAAGCUCAUUGGUUAUUGCUCAGAUGGUGAUAACAGACUUCUGGUGUAUGAGUUCAUGCCCAAGGGAAGUUUGGAGAAUCAUCUGUUCAGAAGAGGUGCUGAUCCUUUGUCAUGGGGAAUAAGGCUUAAGGUUGCUAUCGGGGCUGCUAAGGGUUUGUCAUUUUUACAUCAUGCUGAAAACCAAGUUAUAUAUCGUGAUUUCAAGGCAUCAAACAUUCUUCUUGACUCGGAAUUCAACGCCAAGCUUUCAGAUUUUGGAUUAGCGAAAGCUGGUCCAACUGGGGAUAAAACUCAUGUUUCCACACAAGUGAUGGGCACCCAUGGAUAUGCAGCUCCAGAGUAUAUCGCAACAGGUCGCCUCUCUGCAAAGGCAGACGUCUACAGCUUCGGGGUGGUGUUGCUUGAGUUGCUGACCGGGAGACGAGCUCUGGACAAGUCGAAGCCCGGCAUAGAGCAGAACCUAGUGGACUGGGCCAAACCGCACCUGCGAGACAAGCGCAGACUGUACCGUGUCAUGGACACGAAGCUGGGAGGCCAGUAUCCUAAGAAAGGCGCACACGCCGUCGCGAACCUCGCCUUGCAAUGCAUCUGCAACGACGCCAAGAUGCGGCCGCAGAUCUCAGAGGUCUUAGAAGAGCUGGAGCAGCUCCAAGACUCCAAAAGCAAUAUAGUGUCGCCGCAGGUUGACAUCCGGAGGACCUCCAACACCGUCCCGAAGUCGCCAAUGAGGGGCCAACCCUCGCCGCGGCGCUCUCUUGGAGCGAUGGCGCCGCCGUCACCGGCAUUUAGGACCGCGCAAGUGCACUAGAAGCACAGCUUAGAAGUGGGAGAGAGAUGUAUCCGUACGGCUGUACAUUUGGUGGUGAGCUGUGUAAUAGUUGUUUCUAGUGAUGCUUCUUGCUCAUUUGUAGGGUGUGGCACGGAAUAUGACUACGGCACUCUGUGAUGAAUUGUUUUUCACCAA